GUUAUGAUUAUUCCUACAUUGUGAGUUCUAUUUAUAUUCACAGCAACCAUUCUAAUUACACUGGCAUUCAGCUUGUCACUAGAGAUAAGUGGCACACAAUCUAUGUUGAGGUGUCAUCACAUCUGUUCUUUCUCAGCCUGCAAUCACAGGGUUAAUAAGAACUGUGCAGGAGUUGUGCAGUCAGUUUAGGUUAAACAAUAAUAAACAGUAUUGCUCCCCUGCUUUCUUUCUGAGCAAGUCAGCUGUCGAGGACUACGUUUGCUAACAUUCCCACUCAACCAAAAAGCUGGCUGAGCAUCAUGCGUGACGUAGUCCUUACAAGUUGUGGAGCUAGAGGCUCUUGCAGUCUCAGGUGAGCACUCUCUCCAUCCUUUGCAAUCACUCCCAGCACGUGGUCUGCCCUGAUUGGUUGCCUGGGGGAAUAUUUCCGACCAAUCAGACUGAGCCAGCUGUGAGGACCAGUUUGAGAGAUACAGUUUCUCAUCACAGCCAGCAGCACAACUUGUCAGGAGCAUCACCAGUGCCUGUCUGCAGCCAGGGAGCCAUUCAGCUCUACAGGUAUAACUCCACCUCGGGCAGUGUCAUUGGGGUGCAUUUAGCCAGCCAAGAACAAGACGAGGAUCGUACUAGGUCAAGAACUUUGCCUCGAUAAUGGAACGGAGGUGUCCUGUCGCUCACUAUCCAGACAUGAAGCUGUUCUUGCUGUUGGCAAAUAUAUUUUUGUCUGUGUAUGCAGAGACCAUUGUUUAUUUCCGUGAACAGUUUGAGGAUGAUGAAGAAUGGGUGAAACGAUGGGUGCAGUCUAAAAGUAGACCUGAUUACGGUAUAUUCCAACUUACCUCAGGGAAAUACUAUGGCGAUCCAGAGAAAGAUAAAGGUAUACAGACUAUACAGGAUUGGAAGUUUUAUGGAAUUUCUGCUCGAUUUGAACCCUUCAGUAAUGAGGGACAGACACUGGUGAUUCAAUACACUGUGAAGCACGAACAGGGAAUUGACUGUGGCGGGGGCUAUGUCAAAUUAUUCCCCGCUGACCUAAACCAACUGCAGCUGAACAGGGAAUCUCCAUACUAUAUCAUGUUUGGGCCUGACAUUUGUGGGACAAUCCAUGAGAAGGUGCACGUAAUCUUUAAUUACAAGGGAAAAAAUCAUCUCAUUAAGAAGAAUAUAACGUGCAAGCACGAUGAACUAACCCACUUGUACACCCUGAUAUUGCGUCCAAACAACACAUACGAAGUGAAGAUUGACAAUGAAAGGGCGGAGAAUGGAAGCCUUGAUGAUGACUGGGAUUUCCUGCUGCCCAAAAAAAUCCAAGAUCUCAAUGCAACAAAACCCCUGGACUGGGACGAGCGAGUGCAGAUUGUGGAUCCUGAUGACAGGAGACCUGAUGACUGGGAAGAAACAGAAUUCAUGCCAGAUCCAGAUUCAAGGCAGCCAGUCGAUUGGGAUUCAAGCAUGGAUGGAGAAUGGGAGCCUCCUACUAUUCCAAACCCAAAAUACAAGGGCAUAUGGACGCCACGAAUUAUAGACAACCCUAAUUACAAGGGGGAAUGGGUUCGGCCAGAGACAGAUAACCCAGAUUUUGUUCCAGAUCCGACUAUUUAUAUAUAUCGCAACAUCGGUGUAAUCGGCUUAGACCUGUGGCAGGUGAAAUCUGGAACAAUAUUUGAUAACUUUCUUAUCACCAAUAAUGAAACAUUUGCUGAGAUUGUUGGAAAUGAGACAUGGGGAGAGACAAAGGAUCCAGAAAGGGAAAUGAAAGAAAUAGAGGACGAGGAGAGAGACUCGAAAGACGAGAAAAAGCAGAGGUUGAAAAGGUUACAUAAGGAGUUUGAAAUGUUGGAAAAAAUGGAAAAAGACAAAACCUUUGAUGCAGAGAAAUAUAAUCUAAAAGAUAUGAUAAAUAGGAUUCAAGGGAAAGAUGAAAAAAAAACAAAAAAGAUAGAGGAGUCGAAACCAAAGGAAAAACAGGAAGUGCAACAGAUAGAGGGAAAGAAACAGGAAGAAGAUACAAAACAAGUAGAGAGUGAAAAAUGGGAAGUGUGUGAAAAACAGGAAGAGUGUGAAAAAAGGGAAAAGGAUAAAAAGCAGGAACAAGAUGGAAAUCAGGAAGAGGAGAAAAAACAGGAUCAGGAUGUUAAACAGGAAGAGAGUGUGAAACAGGAAGAAAAUGAACAACAGGGAGAGAGUGUAAAACAGAAACCAGAGACACAGAAAGACAAAAAACAGGAAGAGAGUGUAAAACAGGAACCAGAGACACAAAAAGACAAAAAAGAGGAAGAGAGUGUAAAACAGGAACCAGAGACACAGAAAGACAAAAAACAGGAAGAGAGUGUAAAACAGGAACCAGAGACACAGAAAGACAAAAAACAGGAAGAGCGUGUAAAACAGGAACCAGAGACACAGAAAGACAAAAAACAGGAAGAGCGUGUAAAACAGGAACCAGAGACACAGAAAGACAAAAAACAGGAUGGUGGAGACUGGCAAAGGGAAUUUGAUGAGAAACAGGACACAAAAUCUGAAUCUAAAGAUGAACUGUAAAACUCUACAACACAACUUCAAAUGUUUGACUUUCCAAAUGUUUGUGGACUAAUGUUCCCCAGAAUUCUUAGUCAGCUAGCAGACGGUGCUGGAAGUCAUAGUUUUACAACACAAGGGGGGAGUGCAAUAAUGUUUUAAUUUGGAGAUUUUUUUCAUUCCUAUGACAGAAACUGCUCCUGCCUGUAUAGAAUGUCAUAGAGCGUAUGUUUCAAGAUAAAAGUGAUUUUAUACCAAUUACUCAUUAUGCAGCAGAAAAUCACAGAGGAACAUUAGAAGUUUUUCUUAAUGGAGUGGGGUUUCCGAAUAGCAUCGUAAUGCAUUUCCCCAAGGACGUCCAUAAGAUGGCCAGCUCUAGAAGAUAUUACAUGAACUCGUCAAGAACUAUGAAGAUCUUACAAAAGAUGUAUUCUUAUAAACAUGCCUGUUGUUUUAUAUUUUAUUGGCACAUAGUAUGUAAAUAUGUUCACUGGUUUUGGGGUAUCUCUACUUACAACCUGUUAUACUGUCUGCACUCUGAAAGGUUUGGAGCAUUUUUACAUAAGUUUUUAUCACGCCGUGUUAACCUUCACAAAAUCCCAAAGCUUAUAGAUGUACAAAAUUAGUGCCUUAUUGUUUGUUGUUUUUAGAUAAAAUAUUAUUUAUGCAAUAAUAUUAAUUAGUAACAGGGGCAUCCCUUUUAUACUGUAAUUUAUUGGAAUGUAAAAUUAGCCAUCAACUGCCCCGAGUUAAAAAAUGUGUGUGCCCAGAAUUACAGGGAUGAUUUUU